CUGUGGGGGUCGCCGAGCCAAUAGAACCUACCCUCAUCGUUCUUUUGUCACCUCGACCUGUCUACACAAGAAAGAGGGAGGGAAAAAAGGUUUGCUGGAGGAGGAGGAGAAUAGCACAAUCAUGUAGUCCCUUCAUAUUCGCCGUACGGUUAUGGUGAUUCAAACCAAGGCCUGAAUAUCGCACCAUCAUUCAGCAAAGGGAGAGAGAUUAUCUGGAGAAAAAAUCGUUCAGAGCGUGUCCAAAGAUUCUAAAUUGAGUCGUGUGUAAGAAAGAUCAUCAUAAUUUGUAAUCAUGUGUAUCAAGUGUGAUACAGGUGACAGCGUAAUCUAAAAUCUUAGUCGAUUGUUUCUUUUUGGAGGAAUAUUCUCGCCUGUGGAGGUUGGAUAUUAUAAUAGUCGAAGAGAGAACUUGUUGCCGUAAUCAUCGUUUGUGUAACACUGAAAAGCUCUAUGGGUGGAGUGUAGGACAAGUCAUAUUUUGAGGUUUGACUCUCUUCAAGGUUCCAAUGUGUCUCAAGAUGUAAAUGGACAAGGCCGAUGAACAAGAAAGAUUGGAACAAGUGGCAACACUAAGUUAAAAUAUACUAAAACCUAGGUAGACCUGUAUUUGAUGGCAUCGCAGCAACUGAUUUCACGGUACAAUCCUCUUCGGAGACACCAUCAAGAUGGGACUGCGAUGACCGCUUUACCGCCGAUAUCGCGUACGAACAGCCACGACGAAAGCGACGAAAUCAAGAAAGACGAAACGCAGCGACGACAUCGGGGCCUGACGUCCAUCAAAGACUUCGUCAAGAAGCAGAAUAGGCACAAGCAACGCGGAUCGACACCGUCUAGAGACUGUGAGAAAACAAGCGGGGAAAACUCUUCGGUCGUCGUCCAGGAAAUCCGUCCAACAUCGGCGGGGUCACAGACGUCGUCAUCGACCCGAUCGAGGAAGUAUGUGAGUAGGAGAAAUACCAAUUCAAAAGGGGAGCAACGGUUGGGGAAACUGCAAGCCAGUGGCUCGAAGCGGAUGAGCUAUCCGCCAAGCGAAUUUCAUCGACAGGAGUUAGCGUCAACAUCUUUUGCGCGACUUAGAAAGGACAAUUCAAAAUCAUGCCCAAUGUUGUGUGACACCGCCAUGUAUGAAUUCGAUGAUGAAGAUGAUGCCCCCCAUCAAAAUCAAAGUAUAGAAGAAAAAAAUAUCCUACAUGAAAAUGGGAUGGAAAUAUUCAAGAACGGUGACAGAACAAAUGGCGAUAGGUUAAGAGUAAAGCCAAAGAUCAAGAACUCCGUUUAUUCAAAGAAAGAUGAAAGCACAAGUGCUCGACCACCAAAGCCACCAUCUUGGCAAAACCUACAAACUACUUCCCAACAAAGUCUACCAGAAUCCGAGAUGAGAACAAACAAAAAGUCUAGUCAUGCUUCAGAAAUGCUGAAAAAGAUAGGUCGCUCAAAGAGUGAGGAAAUUGGGAUGCAAAGAUAUGACAGAAUUCCAGAUUCCGCGAGCUAUAGACCAUCCAAAGCACCUUCGUGGCAAACAGUUGCUACUCAAGUGGGGCCAUUUGAUGCAGAUGGAAAUAAAGAACCAACAGCUAUUUGGACGGGAUAUGACACAAGCGAAGGAGCUGGGAUUCAUAGACAACCAGAGACUUCAAAUUACAAACCGCCAAAGCCGCCAUCUUGGCAAACCGUGCCUGCCGAACCCGAGGAUGUAGCAAUCGAUACCAAACCAACUGAAAUUAACGUGCCAACGAUUACGAUACCGUCCAACCCAUCGGGUCCUUUAACAGCACGAGCAGACGGGCGAUGCGCGAGUGCCGGUUCGUCGAGAUCGACAAGGUCACCCGGUAAAAUUCAGGUCGACGAGGAAGUCGACAAUGAUGACAGUAACUCACCAGAGACUAUGCAAGCAUCAGCCUCGAAUAAAGCACGUGGUUUACGGCGCUCGAAUAUCAAGCGUACGCGGAGUCGGAUGAUCGACGAGCGCGAGAUACCCAUGCAAGAUUCGGUCAUUCCUCUAUCUCAAACAAAGCCGUCAGAGUUUCACCUCCGCGAGACGCACCAUGACAACGACGUCUAUUUGAGCGAGAAUGUUGAGCGAUGUCGGCAAUGGCUAUCGGGUUUGCUGGGCGACGGAGGUGAUACGUUGACGAGAGCGAAUGCGAACUCGCAUCGAGGAGCUGCCGCACGCCACGUCGAUUGGGGUGACGAUGACGAACUCGUCACGUGUGAUUUAGAACUGUCACGUGAUAAAUGGAUGUAUGUCGGGUCACCAUACCCUUCCUCUAGUUCUGAGGAUGAGGAUUCUUAAAUUCAUUGUGAUAAGUCUACUUCGGCUGACGACAGUAAACGAUGCCAUUCCUGCAGCGCAGUGCUCGGCCGUGACGUUUUAUGGCACCUUUGAUGUUGCGAUGACGACGCUGCUAUAAAUGCCGCCUUUCCACCUUGAUAUCAUGAAAUUAAAGUGACAACAGAGGUAGCCUAAAUAGCCAUGGCAAACAUAGCUAGUUUAUUUUGGGAUAGUCGCGACAGCGGAAGUCGCUUCUGAUUAGUCAGUUAUUUCACUUAGCUCCAACUUGGUUCAUCCCAUAGAGAUUGUAAUUUGUUUGUGCUUGUCAAGCAAAGCAGUGUUCACCAUAAACUAUCUAAAACCGGGUUUGCCAAACUCUUUGACAAAGGAGACCACGUCCUUAUUCGGUGACCAAUCUUGUACUAAAUUAAGAUCAUUCUCAUCUGAGACUCACCUGUACUUUACAUCAACUCGUUAAUGCAUUUGAUAAAUCGAACACUCCCAAAAAACAAAAGAACAUUGUCAUGUAGAUGAAUUUCCCUCUUUUACCAAAAUCCAGUGUUUGUGACUCCCGGAGCAGCCUACACAUUUUACAAUCGUCGGCCAAUUCCUCAAACAUUUUUUCAUUUUGUUCAAAUAUAUACAUGUAAGCAAAUUGUUUUGCCAAUAUGUAGUGCAAAAUGAUUAAAUUAUUUUGAUUUUUGGGGAGAGAUUGUUAAAAUGAGUCCAGUGUUUUGGAUGGAUGGAGGGAAAACAUGUGAUGUGGAUUAUUCGGAAAGAGUUUAUGCUUGGUUGAUAGUAAAUCAUCAAAAAGAAACGAACGCAAACCAUGAUACCUUAUAGUCGAAUACGCAGAUUUGUCAUAUCCCUGUACAAAACGCAAUUGGUUUAUUUUAGUUUUGAUUAUUGUUUGAAACAAUGCAUUUAUGGAAAUGGACCCUUCCCAUUCAAUUCGGAAUAAAUAUUAGAUCUUGAAUUCCUUGCAAAUUUGUGUCCCAAUAUUUAAAUCAAGAUGAAUGUAUGAAAUUUAUGAAGAUUGACAUGAUUAUUUUUCUUCGUGAUGUUUUCGAUAACGUAAAAUUAAUAUAAGAUACAAAGUGAAUAGUUAGAUGUAAUGCAUGUCAAAUGAAGGAAAGCACCUACUUUAGAUGUUGAUUGAAUGAUUGCUAAAUCCGUCAUUAUGUUGCUUAUUGAAUUGAAAUGUCAAAAAUUCAUGAUGCCAUGUGUAUUGAUUAAAUUGUAUUUUCUAAAGUUGAA